AUGCCGCCUACCAAAGACAUGCCGAUCACGACGCCUCAGCGAAGGGCUACGUUGGGAGAAGACCUCAAGAUCGAGGCACCCAAGACCGGAGAGAAUGAGGUCGAUUUCAGCAAGGCAAGAACAACCCGGCCACCAUCCGAGGAAGACGAGGACAAGGAAGCCAAGGAGAGCAAAUAA